AUGACACAAAGAAGACAUUUAGGUACUCUGGACUCCCAGAUCCCCUCCAUCCUGGAGUGCGGGGGCGGGGGGGGGGGGGACGCCCUGGGGGCGUGGCCUUGCAAGUCACUCACUGCCAAAGGGGGGCUGAGGCCACUGGGGGCGGUGCCAGGUCGAAGCCCCACAGCGCCACCCGUACGCCGGACGCAGACGCGCACGCUAUGGGACCGAGCUGAAGCUAAGGACGGGGAGAAACAAAGCCCCCGGCGGCGUGGGGUGAGGGGGUGUCCGCGCGCUGCCCUGGCAACGCGUGCCGGCCCCGGCCCCGGAUUGGCUGCAGCGGCGGGCGGCGCGGUGCCUCCUGGGAGCGCGUUCCUGCCGCGGCGGCAGCCGGCGGGUUCCGUUCCGCCUCCCCUCCCCCUCCCUCGCCCCGGCUCCGGCCCCGGCCCCGGCGGCGCCGCCGCGGCCAUGGACACUGAGGAGGGCGCGCAGCCGCCGCCGCCGCGCAGGCGAGGGGAGGCCCCUGGCGGCUCGAGCCCGGCGCCCGCCUCGCCGCCGUCCCUGCUGCAGAGCGACAGCGACGGCGCCGAGGAGCGGCAGCAGCGCCGGGGGCGGAGGCAGCACCGGCCCGAGCCCGAGCCCGGCGGGGCGGAGGAGAAAGCGCCGCCGCCUCCUGGGGAGGAGGAGAGCGAGGAGGCCGGCCCGAGGGGGAGGGCCGCGUCCUCGGAAGGAGGGGAGACCUCGGGGCGCGCCAGAAUUAAAGAAAGAGAAAAUUCAGAAAAAGAACAUCAAUGGCUUGUAUUAGAGGCGAGUCUGACACCAUGGGAAGAGUGGUUUGUUUGCAAAGAAAAAGAACAACGUGCUCGUCUACAAAACAGAGCCUUGGAGGAACUAAGUCUACAACAAGAAAAAAGAAAAGAAGUGGAAGAGCGUGAAAAAAGAAAAAAAUAUGCGGAGGAAAAACACAAGGAAUGGCUUCACAAAAAGAAUGAACAGGAAAGAAAAGAAAGGGAACGGAAGCUUAAUAAAGAAAUGGAAGAAAAAGCAGCAAAGGACCUAGAGAAAGAGCAUUUGCAAGAAAAAGCUAAAGAAAAAUAUAAAGAAUGGUUAAGGAAAAAAAUGGCAGAAGAACAUGAGAGGAAAAAAAAGGAAAAGGAAGAAGAAAAGCAGCGGCUUGCUGAACAACAGGAAAAAAAAGAAAUCUCUGAAAAGAAGUUUAAGGAAUGGCUGCAAAAUGUGAAAAACAAACCUCGUCUCAUUCCGAGAAGCUAUGGCUAUGCCAAUGGGAAACUGACAGGUUACUACAGUGGAAUUGCCUGCCCACAGCCAAGCUUUUAUAAUCCAAUCCCAUGGAAGCCCAUUUACAUUCCUCCACCUAAGGAGUCGAAGACUGCUGUAACUGUGAAAAAGAGCAAAAGACCUGUGUCCAUUCCGCCUUACAGGUCCUCCUCUUUGGUGUUUCAUAAAAACAAGGGCAAUCUUUGCCUUGGAACUCUGUGCAGAAUGCAAAGAUAGUAUAUGUACCAGAUAGCCUGAAUGCUAAAAUACUCUUUUUUAAAACAAAACAAAACAAAACUAGAACUAUUUUUGUUACUCAGUAUUAGCUCAGUAUUUUGUGUGAUGAUUUAUCAUUUUUUGUAGCUGUCAGUAGGAAUCUGCAAGUUAAUUAAGGGAGAUAUUUGCACUUUUUUAUUUUUAUAAAUGUUUCAGAGGUGUGUGUUUGUAAAAAUUCGCAUAUAUACAAUUAAGAAAUAUAUUUGUAUUUAACUUGUCUAGAACUAUUCUGUAACACCAAUAAAAUCAAAAGAUUGUUCUUGUUUCUUCCACAGUGUAUGUUCUUAGGAUUAUGUGUAGCAAUGUAAUUAGAAUAAAUCUUGUAAUGAAUCUGCUUAUUCCAGAUAACCCUUAGAAGAAUCUUUAUAGGAUGGUGUUUUAUGAGAAUCAGAAACUAGAGUUGUUGGUGUUUUUACUAUUUCCUGCAAAAAUUUUGUUUGAAAAAACAAACUACCAACCAGCAUUUAGUAUUGUCCUGAAAACCAGAGAGAUGAGACUCCUGAGUUUUGUGAUCUCACAGUAGUGAGGACAGAGUUAUUAAGCUUUGGAUAUCAGGGAGGACUUGAGAAAAAAUGGUCAGUUGAUGGUAAUUUGUUUGUCUCCUAAAAUGAUGUUGUUUUAAAAAUCUAGUCCCCCAAAAGCUGUGUCCCAGAAUCAUGCAUUUUUACUGUUUAAAGGAAGUAAAUUUUGCAAAGUCUGAUAUCACUGAUCUUAUUGAUAAAUAAAUUGAGACCAACAGUAGUAUCGAAGGAUUAUUUUUAAAAACACAGUUUUAUUAAAAUAUAAAACUUUUAA